UACGGACAUAUCCGCGAAAAUGUUGCUCUUUACUUUAGUACAAAUUCUAUCUUGGUUGACCUUAGCUGCUUGUGAGGGUGUUCAAAUAAUCGGCGGGGAGCCGAUCGGCAUCCAAAAGGCUCCGUACAUGGCACUCUUCAGGCCGGUCGGGGUUCGGUACUACUGCGGCGCGUCCAUCGUCAGCGACCAGUUCCUCGUGACAGCGGCCCACUGCGUCUCGGAUGACGAGAAAAUGGAGGUAACAGUGGGCACCAACAACGCUUCGAGCGGUGGACAGACGUACCAGGUCGCGAAGAUGGUCACGCACCCCCAGUUCGGAGAUUCUCAGUUCAACAAUGAUGUGGCCGUCGUCAAACUGGUGGAGAAGAUUAAGUUCAGUGACCGCGUGCGGCCCAUCAAGUUAGCGGAAGCUGGAUUAGUUAUUGAGGAUUCUGCGGAGUUCCGUAUUAUUGGCUUUGGAAGAACGGAAACGGGCCUACCAUCUGAGCAACUCCUAUCUGUGCAAGUACCUCACGUACCGCCAGUGAACUGCUCAGAAUCACACCACGGUCUUAUCACUGAUCAAAUGAUAUGUGCCGGCUUGCCCACAAAGGGAGGUUGUAUGGGCGACAGCGGCGGACCCCUGGUUUAUGGAGACAAGCUCAUCGGCGUGGUGUCCUUCGGCUCAAUGUUCUGCAACGUACCCUCAGUGUUCGCCCGCAUCUCGGCCCUACGCGACUUUAUAGACCGCGUCAUGGGGGAAAACUAGCAAACGCCAGAACGCUGUUUGUGUGUGUUCUACUCCCAUUAUGUACUGUAUAAUGGACCAAAACGUGAUGUCAAAUUUACGACGCAAUAAAUCUAUUGUAGUAUUGUGA